AUGUGGCCUUUUAAUGCGGGUGUGGGAAGUGGCUCAAUCAGGGCAACAGCGGCAAAGCGAUGCCUCUAUGCCCUUGGAAAGGGCCCUUGCCGCGUACUGGUCUGGGACUCCAUCAUCGUAGCGGCCGAAGGCCAAGCAGGUGGCUCCCAGGCUGUCCGCAAGAGCGAUGUUCGCCCAUUCUAUGAUGUGGGAGAGGAGCGCACGUUCCAGGAUAACACGGAGAUGGUGCAUUUGGAUGAUGCGAACAUUCUGGACAACUUGCGCAAGCGGUACUGCAAAGACAAGAUCUACACCUACACUGCCAAUGUCAUGCUCGCUGUCAACCCGUACAAAAGCAUGCGCCACCUGUACACCCGCGAGGAGAUGGAGAAGUACUGGGGCAAGAACCCAGGCACUGUGCCUCCCCAUCCCUAUGCCAUUGCGGAUGUGGCAUACCGACGAAUGCAGCGGGAUCGCAAGAACCAGGCUCUAGUGAUCAGUGGCGAGAGCGGAGCAGGGAAGACGGAGACUGCUAAGAUCACGAUGCACUACCUCACCUCCAUGUCCAGGACUGACGCAGAGCACGGCAACAAGAUCCAGGAAAAGAUCAUCAGCGCAAAUCCAAUUUUGGAAUCCUUCGGGAAUGCCUCCACCGUGAUGAACAUGAACUCCUCCCGCUUUGGGAAGUACAACGAGAUGAUGUUCGACCGGGUUGGUUCUCUGGUGGGUGCUGGGAUGAAGACCUUCCUGCUGGAAAGCUCCCGGGUUGUUUUCCAACAGCGGGGAGAGAAAAACUACCAUGUCUUCUACGAGCUUCUGGCUGGCAUGGACGAUGAUCAGUUGGACAAACUAUACCUUGACAGGGAGGAAAGCUACAAGCUGCUGCACUCCAGCGGAACGCCGCCUCUGCAAGAAGGCUCACCUGAGUCACAAAGGCUAGCACGGCAAUUUGAGGAGCUGAAGAGCGCUCUCUCACUGUUUGUGAGCGAGGAGGGGCAGGACCACAUCUGGGACAUUUUGGCUGCCCUGAUCCAUCUCGGACAGGUGGACUUUGUGGAAACCGGUCCUCCAGAGGACGUCGAGAGCACUGCUCCUGAUUCCUCCCCCUGCCUGUCACCCAGCUCUCACGCGGCUUCCACUGCAGUUUCCGAUCCGGCUCCUCCAGACAGCAGCCAGACUGCCAGAGUGGAGGUCAACCCAGACACGCAAGAGGCCCUGGAGACCGCAGCAGAUCUACUGGGCCUAGACGACAGGGGCAUCUCCAAGAUUCUGCAGUUCCGCGAGAUGAGGGUCAACCGGCAAGGGCGCACCUCGCACAUCAAGUGCCCGCGGAGCCUGGCGCAGGCACGGCAGACUCUCCAAUGCAUCAUCAAGGUGCUGUACAAGCGGAUGUUUGACAAGAUUGUCACCAAGAUCAACGAGGUCUCAAACCCCAAGGUGCGUCCCGAAGCUUCAUACACCAGCAUCGGGACAUUGGACAUCUACGGUUUUGAGCGCCUGGAGCACAACAGCUUCGAGCAGUUGUGCAUCAACCUGGCAAAUGAACGCCUGCAGCAGUUCUUCGUGGAGGAGGUCUUGCAGGCGGAGCAGCGCAUGUACGAGGAGGAAAGGCUCACAGUUUUGGAGAUGGACCUACCAGACUCAACCCCUGUGGUUCUUGGCAUCCAGAACGUCAUGAAGCUGUUGGACGAGCACAGCCUGCGUGCCAUCAAGAACCUUGUGCGCACAGGCCCCAAGGACGACAAGGAUGCCAAGUACUGCGAACAGGUGCACCGUGAGCUGAUUCGCGAUCGCCAGGGUGGGCCGGUGGUGCCACUGAAGCUGAAGGCCAGCCGCACCGGCAACGGGCCUGGCCUGCACGAUGGCUUCCAGAUCUGCCACUAUGCAGGGCCUGUGGCCUAUUCCACCAGGGGCUGGAUUGACAAGAACAAUGACUCGCUAGUUCCGGAGAUCGAAUCGCUAUUGACUGUCGGCUCCAAACAGUUUGUUGUGGAGAUGGCUGACACGAGCCGCAUGCCCGGUUUCUCCGGCGAGCGGCUCUGCUCUGUGAGCAGCACAUACCUCAACAACCUCAACGACUUGCUUGCCACCUUGAAGCUCUGCUCUGUGCAUUACAUCCGCUGCUUCAACCCCAACCAGGAGCGGAAACCUGGGCUUUUCAACCGGAAGUACGUCCUCGAUCAGGUCAUCCAGUGCGGCACAGUGGAGCUUGUCCGGAUCAUGCACUACGGCUAUCCCCAUCGCUGCAUUCUCAAGGACCUGCGGGCCCGCUUUGAGAAGCUUUUGCCGCCGGAGUUUGCGCACUAUUCGGACCGCAACUUUAUGCACGCAGUGAUGUUGGCUUGGGACAUCGACGAAAGCCAGUGGACAUUGGGGACCACGCGGCUUUUCCUGAAGGCCGGUCAGCUUCGGGCCCUUGAGGACUUGCGCGACACGGGCGGCCAAGCCUCGCAAGCGGUCAUCCGACGUAUCCGCAAGCAAUUCUCGCUGAAGAAGGCCCGCGCUUACGCCCAUGCAGUGGAGUUCAGCACGUACCUUUACAAGGUCAUGAAGGCGGGUAAGCGUGAGCGGAACCUGGCAAACUUGUUCAAGGCCAUUCGAAUUAUGGUGCAGCUCAACCGUUGGAAGAACAGAGCGCUUCGACCAGCCAUGGAUGAGGAGACUGAGUCCCUUUUCAGCCGUCCUUUGGGCAUUCCCUUCGAGACCAUGGCCUUGGAAGUCAGCAACAGGCGCGUGCCCCAACUCUUCCUGACUAUGGCAGCCUUGGACAUGCCCAGACGCAUUGCCGAAAAGCUAGGCGGAGCUUCCAAUGAGGAGUACGAGCGCCUUUGGCAGGCUGAGGCGAAGGAAAGCCUUCUCUACUUCCAUGAUGGUGUGCUGAAGUCUGCCAAGCUCUCUGGCGGAGCCUUCCUUGGCAACUCUUCAGAGCAGGCGCUGUUCGACGUGCGCAGAGUGGACUGCUGCGACGAGGGCUCGGCAGUUCCUGUCUCUCGCAGCCCCGAAUUCAAGCGAAUCGUCUGCAUGUGCCAGCAUCCAGAGAACAGUCGGCUAUUCGCACACUGCGAGAUCAGUGGCAACGAGCACACCAUCAUGGUUUGGAAGUGGGUCGGCACAAGUUCCGACCUUCGGCGGCCAGCUGUUUGCGCAGAGGUCUGCUUCGUGCCGCCUCGCAAGUGGCAGAUCUAUCAGCUGUGUUUCCUGCCGCAUGUGGGGCAGCCUGGAGACCAUGUUCUGGCAGUGUUGGGCAGGAUGCGAGAUUGCCAUUGGUUGGCCGUCAGCAUCUACUCCGUGUCCCGGGAUGGAAGGAUGCGUCUCCACAGCAUCAAGCGUGUCCUGCUCAACCUCCUGGACAGCACCCUCAGGAAGGAAGGCGCCUGCAUCUGGCAUUUUGGCGUGGCACAUUCCGGCCGGACCCUAGUCCUGGCCGGCAACCGCUUGCUGAAGCUCUACUCCAUAAAGGAGGUGGGCAAGACGAUUGAGUUCUGUGACCUGGAGGGUGCCCUCGACUGUGAGUCACACAUCCUGAAUCGUGACUCCAACGCCUCAGAUGCCACAACUGUCACAGCAGUGUGCCCCCUCCCCAUGGAGCCGGGCACGCGUGGUGGGCUUUUGGAUUGGAUCUGGGUUGGCCUCAGCAAUGGUGAGAUGUUUGGCAUCCUGGUGGAGGAGAAUUCAGGCGGCAAGUUCUCCGUGCAUUCUUCCUCCGGGCGCUUUCGCCGAAACACGCACUGUCAGGGCGUGCCCAUCCAUGCCAUCGUGGCGGUGAAUCAGCAGUCAAACCACAGCGUCUACUAUAGCCUCACCAUGCGGCAGCGGGACAUCAGCCCCAGCGCUGUCCUUUCCAUCGGCGCUGAUGGGAAGCUCCUGCGGACCGAGCGCUGCUCGCAAACACACCAGUGGGUGCCUGCGGGCGAGUGGGCAAUGCCCGUCCCUGGGCCUGGCUUUGCUGCAGCCGCCUCGGGGCUGCUGCCUUCGCUGCUGCUCCUGGCAGACGAAGGAUCACAGAGCAUCAUGGCCGUGGAUGAACGAAAUCCCUCCCAGAUCUCUGAAGCAUGCACAUGCUCGUUGGCAUGA